AUGAGGCUGCAUAUGUCAUUGCGGCUGUUACUUGGUACCGCCGCGCUGCCGCUGUGCUACCGUCGACUGUCUGAACAAAGUGUCAACCACGAGGCAAAGCGUACAUGGGCACCCAUAGCCUGA